CCCUAGAGCUUCACAGGCAGGAAGUUUGAAUCAGGAAACUGAAAGGGAAACUUAAGACAGACCCACUUGUGGAGAAGGACAGAUCGGGAGGUUUUCUGCUUCCAGUAGAACAGACAUUGAUACAUGGAUCGACAUACUUUCAUUUAUAACUUUAAAAAUUUUCCUUUCACCACUGGGCGGAAGAAGACUUACUUGUGCUAUGAGGUACAGCUCAUGAAUGGCAACUUCAGGAACCCACAGAACUGGAUCAAGGGCUUUCUGUACAACCAGUAUCAUCCUAAUCCCCAGCUACGCCGCCACGCAGAGUUGUGGUUUCUAGAAUGGAUCUCUUCUUGGCAACUGUACCCCGGGCAGCACUUAAGGGUCACGUGGUUCCUCUCCUGGAGCCCUUGCCCUUACUGUGCACAGAAAGUGGCUUCCUUCCUGCAGAGGAAUAGCCAUGUGAGCCUGAACAUCUUUGCUGCCCGAAUCUAUGACCGCUUGGAAGGUUAUGAGGAGGGACUGCGCUCACUGUACGAUGCCGGUGCCGACAUUGACAUCAUGACCUACGGAGAGUUUAAGUACUGCUGGAGAGCCUUUGUGGACAACCGGCUAUGGCCCUUUAAGCCAUGGAAUAGGCUGGAUGAAAACAGUGAACUCAUGUCAGGAAAGCUUGAAUGCAUUCUCCAGAGUGACAGCCACUCCCCCAGAGCUUCACAGGCGGGACGUUUGAAUAAGGAAACUGAAAGUGAAAGGGAAGCUUUAGACAGACCCACUUGGGGAGCAGCAGGGAUCCGGAGGUUUCCUUCUUCCAGGAGAGCAGACAUAGGGUACACACCUUGGACAGCUUCACUGAAGGAAGCCCAGCCCCAAACUGAGGAUACUUUCAGCCACAGCACUAGAUACAUGGAUCUACGUACAUUCUUUUAUAACUUUAAAAAUUUUCCUUUCACCACUGGGCGGAACAAGACCUACUUGUGCUAUGAGGUACAGCUCAUGAAUGGUGACCUCAGGGUCCCACAGAACUGGAUCAAGGGCUUUCUGUACAACCAGUAUCAUCCUAAUCCCCAGCUACGCCGCCACGCAGAGUUGUGGUUUCUAGAAUGGAUCUCUUCUUGGCAACUGUACCCCGGGCAGCACUUAAGGGUCACGUGGUUCCUCUCCUGGAGCCCUUGCCCUUACUGUGCACAGAAAGUGGCUUCCUUCCUGCAGAGGAAUAGCCAUGUGAGCCUGAACAUCUUUGCUGCCCGAAUCUAUGACCGCUUGGAAGGUUAUGAGGAGGGACUGCGCUCACUGUACGAUGCCGGUGCCGACAUUGACAUCAUGACCUACGGAGAAUUUGAGUACUGCUGGAGAGCCUUUGUGGACAACCAGCUACUGCCCUUUAAGCCCUGGUAUAGGCUGGAUGAAUACAGUGAAUUCACGUCAGAACAGCUUCAACGCAUUCUCCAGCAAAGGGUUUCCUACUUUCCUCCGGUCCCCUAACUGUACCUUCUCCCUUCUCUCCUUGAGCCUUACCUUUCCCUCUGCUCAGCGCCUCCUCUUGGUUACCUGCUCCUUACAGGGGCAUCUAGCACCUUCCUUUCUGACCCUUCUUUUGAAAUCACUCUGCUUUUCUCCUUCCUUGUGUCCUUCCUUUCUCUUAUCUAUAAUUUUACUGUCUCCCACUCUCUUCUCUGCUUUUUCCUUCAAACUUUCCCACUCAUUGCAGAAAUUCUUAUCCUUCUAGGUGGGUGGAGGGUAGAAGACUAGAAGACAGACAUCAGUAUCUCAAACAGUGGCAGGGGAUCUCUGCUGAACAGAGGAAGUAAAUGCCUUCUUUUAAGAAGUGUAAAUACUCUGCUUGCCACAAUCUUCAGAUUAACCAAAACAGAGCAAUAAAAUGCACAGAACUCAAAA